ACGGGGCGCGCGCGCAAGGAUCGAAAGCAGAAAAAAACGAACGGGAGCGCAGCUCCGUGAUGUAUUUGGGGUGGUCGUGAGCCCGAAAAACGCUGCAUUGGGGGUGCACAAAAAAGGCAUUGGUCUCCGAGAGAACGCUCAAAUAUCGCGGUACCGUGAGAUCGAAGCAAGGAGCUUAUCACAACGAAGACCAAGCGAGCCGAGACGGGCUGGAAACGGAGCACCAAUCCCGGAUGGCUAGGCGCGGCUGCUCGCGCUCUCUCCCACCCUGACCCGGGACAGAGACACAAGGACCGUGGGGAGGCUCGGGAUCCUAAUCGGAGCCCGUUAACCUGCAUUCCCCCUUCCUAGACGUUUAUAUCCCGGCCUGUUUCCGCCGAUACGGGAAUCUUGUCUGGCGCACGGGACCGACCAUAAACAAACAAGGCAGCCGCUCGGGUGGGAGAGCUUUCAGCAAGCGACCUCUGAAGGGUGUGAGUCCGCGUUAGUACUGCGUUUUUCAGCCCAUCAGGGACCCAUCAGCUGCACUGUGAGUGUGUGUGUGUCAGUGUGUGUUUUUGUGUGCCUGUUUGUGUGUGUGUGGAUAACACAGUGUUCUGAUAUGGCUAUACUAGACUGAGAGUCCAAGGAGCCAGCGGCAUUAUGGGAUGUAGCAGGACUGUGCAGUGACCCCUCAUUGAAAGGAAACACUCUGUGUACAGGAGCAGGAACAGGCAGACUAGCCUAAACACACACACACACACACACACACACACACACACACACACACACACACACACCCUCAUCCUUUCACACACACAUUACACACACACACACACAUCUCAGCAGCCUGCAGCCAUGCCUGUGUUCAGUGGCCUGUUGAAGGUGCGAGUGUGUGAGGCAGUGGACCUGAAGCCCACCCCAUGGGCCCUUCGUCAUGCUGUGGGGAAAAGCGGUUCCUUCCUGUUGGACCCCUACCUGGCCCUAAACCUGGACCAGACCCGGCUGGGCCAGACUGCCACCAGGACCAAGACCAACAGCCCUGCGUGGCACCAAGAGUUCUGCACUGAGGUCCGUGAGGGAAGGAGUCUGGAGCUGUCUGUUUUCCAUGAUGCGCCCAUCGGAUAUGAUGACUUUGUGGCCAACUGCACUAUCCAGCUGGAGGAUCUGCUGCAGAACGGAACCAGGCACUAUGAAGACUGGAUUGACUUGGAACCGGAGGGGAAGGUGUAUGUGGUCAUUGAUCUGUCUGGAUCCUCCACCGAGGCCUCAGGAGCCAAUGACAAUGAGGAGCGAGUGUUUCGAGAGAGGAUCGGCCCCCGCCGGCGACAGGGCGCUGUCCGAAGACGCGUCCAUCAAGUCAACGGACACAAGUUCAUGGCCACCUACCUGAGACAACCAACCUACUGCUCACAUUGCAGAGAUUUUAUCUGGGGCGUGCUGGGGAAGCAGGGAUACCAGUGUCAGGUGUGUACGUGUGUCGUCCACAAGCGCUGUCAUGAGCUCAUCAUCACCAAGUGUGCCGGGAUGAAAAAGCAGGAGGACACACCAGAGGAGGUGGGUUCACAGCGGUUCAGUGUUAACAUGCCCCAUAAGUUCAGUAUCCACAACUACAAGGUCCCCACCUUCUGCGACCACUGUGGCUCCCUGCUCUGGGGCCUCAUGAGGCAGGGCCUGCAGUGCAAAGUGUGUAAGAUGAAUGUGCACAGGCGGUGUGAGACCAAUGUAGCUCCUAACUGUGGUGUGGACGCCCGAGGAAUCGCUAAGGUCCUGUCGGACCUGGGAGUCACACCUGACAAGAUCUCCAACACCGCACAGCGCAGGAGGAAGUUGACUUCAGGGCAGGACCCUCCCCAGUCUCCUCCUGAGCUCUCUCAGACUGAGGAGAACAGCUUCAGCCAGCCAGCUGUCCCCACCUCCCCCUCACAGCAGGACUUGGCACAGUUAGAUCGCCUGCAGGACUCGCUGUCACUCGACCAGCAGGGACCCCAGCACUCCACCUCCUCCUCCUCCUCUUCCUCCUCCUCCACCACCUCCUCUUCCUCAUCGUCCUCCUCCUCGGCAGGCAGGGAGAACGGACAGAGCCAGAGGAGAAGCCUCAAGGACUUCAACUUUAUCAAGGUUCUCGGCAAAGGCAGCUUCGGCAAGGUGAUGUUGGCGGAGCUGAAGGGGACGGAGGAAGUCUACGCUGUCAAAGUCUUGAAGAAGGACGUCAUCCUGCAGGACGACGACGUGGACUGCACCAUGACCGAGAAGCGCAUCCUGGCCCUCGCCCGCCGACACCCCUACCUCACCCAGCUCUACUGCUGCUUCCAGACACGGGACCGUUUGUUCUUUGUAAUGGAGUACGUGAACGGAGGAGACCUGAUGUUCCAGAUUCAGCGAUCCAGGAAGUUUGAUGAGCCUCGCUCUCGUUUCUACGCUGCUGAAGUAACCUCAGCCCUCAUGUUCCUGCACCGUAAUGGGGUCAUCUACAGGGAUCUGAAGCUGGAUAACAUCCUGUUGGAUGCAGAGGGACACUGUAAGCUGGCGGACUUCGGCAUGUGCAAAGAGGGCAUCAUGAACGGAGUGACCACCACCACCUUCUGUGGCACGCCUGACUACAUUGCCCCUGAAAUCCUGCAGGAGCUGGAGUACGGAGCCUCUGUGGACUGGUGGGCCCUCGGGGUGCUGAUGUAUGAAAUGAUGGCCGGACAGCCUCCGUUUGAAGCCGAUAAUGAAGACGACUUGUUUGAGUCGAUUCUCCAUGACGACGUCCUCUACCCCGUGUGGCUAAGCAAAGAGGCGGUUUCUAUCCUUCGAGCGUUCAUGACCAAGAACCCAGCCAAGCGUCUGGGCUGCGUGGUGAGCCAGGGCUGUGAGGAGGCCAUCAAGACCCAUCCCUUCUUCAGAGAGAUCGACUGGGUCCUGCUGGAGCAGAGAAAAGUCAAACCACCCUUUAAACCCCGAAUUAAGACCAAGCGAGAUGUGAAUAACUUUGACCAGGACUUCACUAAGGAAGACCCCGUGUUGACGCCCACGGACGAGGCCAUCAUCCGACAGAUUAACCAGGAUGAGUUCAAGGACUUCUCCUACUGCGCCCCCGAGGAGACACAGACCUAACACACACACACACACACACACACACACACACUGAUCCUAUAACACUAAACCUGGCACUCACAUACACACACAUGCUGACACUCAUACAUGUGUAGAACCAUAAAUCCCUUUACAACACACACACACACACACUCACACACACACACACACACACACACACACACACGGUCACUCCUUUACUUUGAAGCUAUUGGUUGUUGUUACUUUUGGAAUAUUCUUUACUUGCAUUGUGUUGUUCUUGUUGCCUGGGUUUAUUAUGAAUAUGAAUAUGAGUAUGAAUAUGAAUAUAAAUAUGAAUAUACACACCUGCAUAUGCUCUCACACACAUUCCCAUCUGCACACUUUUAAUGCUGAUUCACACACACACACACACACACACACACACACAAACUACAAUCCCAAAUUUUUACACGCUCUCACAUACCUAAAGGCUCACUGCAUAUGCUCCGACAACCAAACACACACACACACACACACACACACACACACACACACACACACACACACACACACACACUGCUUCUCUCCCCCAGCACCUGUAUACAUGUGGACUGUGGGUGCUGGGUGCAGAGGCCUGUAUAUAGCCUGUGUUGAGUGGCUGUAUUGUGUUGGUAUUGUCUGCUAGUAAAGGAGAGUCGUGGCGCAUGGACAAGCACCCUACCUGUGUUAUUACUGUCCUUAUUGUGGACCAGUUAGGGCCAAAUACCCUUUUGUGCAAUACCCUGACUAUCUAUAUAUUUUAUGGUUUUGUUUGUUCAUGUGUUAUUUUUGUUUUGUUUUUUUCCUCAAAAUGUGUUAAUUUUUUUUUUUUUUUGGGUUGUGGAUGAUUGAAAUCUUGCUCUCAUCUGUCCUCCUGUCUUGUGUGUACAAAGUGAAUGUCGAACUUAUAAGUUACAGGCUAUUGAACUAAUUAUGUGGAGCAGAGUGUUACAGGCGGCCUGUGUAGCAGUGAAAAGCACGAUUUCCAGCUACUUCAUCCAUCUGCUAGUUUCAGAGUCCACAUCCGUCCCGCCGGUGCGAAUGCGCUGGCCCGUGG